ACUUUGGUCCUAGUCUUUUGGCUCAAUUAGGACAUUCAACGGCGGGGAGCCCUUUCCCCUAGCCAUAAAAGAGAGAAAAGAAAGCGAACCAAACGCUACCUACGAAUGAAAAGAAGUCGAGGUUCUGCUUGCAGCAACAAAAGCAAAGAGGAAGAAGGCGAGGCUACGGUCGGCAUUGGGACUUCCACCUCCAUCACCGCUUCCAGCGCCGCCGCCGCCGCCGCCGCCGCCGCAGCAGCCGUGUGCUUAUUUUUCAUUUUUGGUGAACGCCUCUUUCAAUCGUAGGAAAAGGUUUCUGUCUAAUAUUUAAAUGAAGAAAUCUGAAAGCUCAAUCCCUUCUUCGAGCAAAGUAAAGUUCGAUGAUAGCGACGACUCGGAAUAUUCUUCGGAAGACGUCGGAAGGGGGACUAGAAACGGAGCUUGCUGAUGUUACAUUUGAAGAGCUGCAGAAGGCGCGCUCGAAUGGGACACAUUCUGUGUUUCAAAAAUCAACUCAAGAGAAGAAGGCUGGCCGGGCGAACAAGAAUAGGCCAAUGGAGGCUAGUAGCAAGAAGCCAGUAAGCAGAUUCAGAGAAGUGAUAACCGUUCCUAAGAAGGUUGUACGUGACCCCCGUUUUGAAACUUUAUGCGGUAAACUUGAUGACGGGUUCAGGAAACGAUAUGAUUUUCUAUUUGAAAAGGAACUUCCUGGUGAAAAGGAGGAACUGCAAAAGAAGUUAAAGAAAACAAAUGAUCCAACCAUGAUUGAGGAAUUGAGAAAAAACAUUUCAUGGAUUGACAAACUAGUGACAUCUUCAUCAGCAAAGCGUACUGAUGCUGAUAUUCUAGCUGAGCACAAGAAGAAAGAGAGAGAAGCAGCAAAGCGAGGAAAACGUCCAUUUUAUCUCAAGAAAUCUGAAAUCCGAAAGCAAAAGCUUGUUGAACAGUAUGACCUUCUUAAGGCAUCUGGCAAGGUUGAAUCCUUCAUCGCAAAGAAGAGGAGAAAGAAUGCUUCUAAGGAUCUACGAUACAAACCGUAUCAACGGCGAGAAAACAAGAUGAAUGCUUCUAAGGAUCUACGAUACAAAUCGUAUCAAUGGCCAGAAAACAAGCAGCGAGGCUGAGGAAUUUCCACAUUCUACUCGGCUUUGGUCUAGUGAAAAGUUGGGGAGUUGGGUUGGGGUUUUUCAGGGGAUGUUACAUCUGCAGGCAGUUUUUCUUCCUUGUGCCUCGCCAGAUAAGAAGCUAUAUUUUUUUCCCCGUUUUGCCAUUUGGCUCUAGGGUAUCUUCUUGGCUGAGGGAGCAAACUAGUUUGAUUAGAUUAUGCCGAGUUGUUUAUUUCCAUUGCAUCAUAAUGACCUUUUGCAACUUUCCCUUUCUCUUUUGUGUGGUUAAAUUCAUGACAGUUGAAUCAUUUUUGUGCA